CGCUUUCCCUCACCGCGCCUGCCAUGGCCAAAGAAAGCGAAUCCGCAGACUCUUCGCGAAAUGGCUCAGACAACAGGAAAGCCACGAGUGCGCAUCCAGAAUCAAGAUCCGCUCCGGAGGCGAACUCGCCUGCGGCCUCUACGCUCUCUUCCUCUUUGAAGCCCAUGUUCUCUUGGUUCCCCACGGCGAUCCGCACCCCAAGAACGCUGAAAACGCUCACCCGAUGCCUGCUCGUCACCACAGCGACUAUCAUACUCCUUGUAGACUCGCGCACACUCCUGUCGAUGGGCCAGGCGGGCUUCUUUGCGGCCAUUCUUUCGAUACUGCUCCCGCCCUCGCUCGCCUUGUCCCUGUUUCUCCUGGCGGGGACGACCCUGGGGUUGGGGAUGCUUCUCGGCUGGGCGUGGGGUGUUGCGACGAUGGCAGCGGGAUUGUCGGUGCAGGACAAAGGGCUGCUCGCCAGCCGUAUCGGGGCGCUCCAGUCGGCAGGCGGCAAUGCUGCUAGCGCGAAUCCUGCUGCACAGGCUGCGCAAAUCCAAGCUCUCGCAUUCCACGGCUAUUUUCUCGAUCCACGCGUGUCUGCAGUGUACGGCGCGAUGUUCUUCAUCGGCACGUUCUUUCUGGGCGCAUUGAGAGCUCGCGCGCCCAAGCUCACACUGCUGGCGAUUUUUGGCACAAUUGUGAUGGAUGUCAUGAGCACUUUUGGCCCAUUGCUGCCCACAGCACAAUAUACGAUUGCGAAAAUGUUUCUCAUCCCCUCGGCGUACUACAUGGCCAUCGCUAUCGCCUCCUUGAUCUUAAUCUUUCCAGAGAGUCUGAACCAUGUGUGGCUGACAUCUUUGGAUCGUGCCUUUUUUGGCCCCGUUGAACAAAUAUUGAAACUCCAAUCCGAAGCACUCGAGGCACACCCGUCCGAUCACAAAAAAUGGGCCCAGUUGUCCAAUAAGUCCGUUGGCACUCGAACGGGCCUGAUCGCUGGAAUCACAGGCAUCAUGAGCCAGGUUGGAUUGCUUGAUCUAGAGAUAAGCCUCGGUAGGCUCGGGCCGGGAGAUCUGAAGAAACUCGCACCAGAAAUCCGAGGGUUGGGCAUGCGUUCUUCAGGCUUGUUGGCGUUUCAGACCACAGUGUUGAGGAUCAACGAGGACGACAAAAAAGUGGAGGAAGAAAGCCGAGCUUCCGGUAUCCAUGGAUGGGCUCGGCGGAAGCGGAUGAUUAGGGAUCGCGAGGAAAGACACGGCCACACACUCGACACGCUCGUCCCCAUCUUGGCAGAAGUUUCCUCAUCCCUGCGGCUGGCCUCGUCCUCGGGAGUCGCGGCGGUCAAAUCAUGGUUCAUUGGCUGCAACACACGUCGCUGGACCAGUCUCUUGUUCCGCCGAGAUCAGAAGGACAUUGAAGCGCAACAUGCAGAAUUGGUAAAGGCUCGGGACGAGCUGCGGGUUGCACUGGUCGAUUGGAGAGCCCACGAGCGUGUCCGCUUAGUCAAGCCGUUCGCAAGGUUCUUUGACGAGAAAACGGGCAAGCUGCGGGAUGACAUAGGCCGCAAUCUGGAGGAUCCGGAGAUGUUCACCGUCCGAUCGCUUUUUGUUUGUUUCGUCUUCUGCGACGCAAUGGACGCGUUCGCCACGCGUUUGUUGCGUUUACUGGAGAGAGUCACAGAUCUAGACGGGAAGCGGACAAGGUCCAGGUUCUGGCUGCCAUCUGGAUUCGGAAAGUUGUGGCGGAUGGCGUUCGACCAGAGCGACCCGGCCGGCGCACAGGCCACACAGACGCCGUUGGCCAUGGGAACAGCUACUGAUCCCACUGAGUUUGCUGCAGGAAGUGGCUCUUCCGACGGAGGGGCAAGUGAGACUGUUGGGGAAGAGGGCGAGGUCGAGCCGAGACCUGCAGCACGUAAUCCGGAUGCCCUGCCUCCCACCACGCUCGCUGGUAAAGCCGGUCUGCGUAUCGUCGGCGCUCUUCGUUUUCUACGCACUGCGGAGGGGAUCUUUGCACUCCGGCAUGCUUUUAUUUCACUCGCUCUGUGGAUUCCUGCCGUUGUUCCGUCCUCAGCAUGGUUCUACUACAACCAAAAAGGGCUAUGGGCGCUCAUCAUGGCGCAGAUGAGCCUGGCGCCAUUUGCCGGAGACCAGUUGUUUGGCGUUGCGACACGUCUUGUAGGAACUCUCGUCGGUUUGGUCAUUGGCAUGGUGGUCUGGUACAUCGGCGCACCCGGGACGCAGAACGGGAAUCCGUAUGCUAUAGUCGUUGUCACCGCCGUAUUCGUGUCGCCAUUCCUGCUCGCUCGUAUCGCCGCCCCGCCUCAGCACAGUCUAAUGUGGACGAUGGUGGGUGUGACUAUCGUGUUCGUCGUCGGGUAUUCGUGGAUUGAUGGCCAUCUGGCUGUGCUCUCGAAUCUGGGGAUCGGUGUCGGCAUCGCUUGGAAGAGAGCGCUGCUGGUGAUCAUCGGCUUUACAGCUGGAGGCUUGGCCAUGAUGUUUCCCCGACCAACUUCGAGCCGGAUUCUGGUGCGCCGCACGCUUGCUGCGACGUUGCGUGAGAUGGGCUCUAUACUCGGCCAAGAAGUCGAGGCUGUGCUUGCCGAAGAACUCCGUGCUCAGAACGGUGUGUAUGACAAGGAGGUCUUCGAUCUCGCCGAGCAAUUGGAUGAGGACGACGAGGACAAGGUGUCGCCGAAGGAGAGAAGAGUCAGGGCUGUGGCGCGGCGAGUAUUGGCUGUCUUUGAACGAUUGCAGGGUUUGACGCCCUCUUUGAGCACCGCACAAUGGGAACCGCAGAUCCAAGGAUUGUGGCCCCAUAAGCAAUACCAGCAGCUUCAUUCUGACCAGUUGAGGAUAAGCACCUCGCUAGCAUUGCUCGCGGGUGCGUUCUCGAAGCUGGAUACGAAAUGGUGCCGUAUCCUUGUCGAACGUACACCUUUCCUCAAUCCGAAUCUACUCGCCGACGUGUUUUCGACGAUCGAGAUCCUGUCCCACGCCUUGGACGCUGGACACCCGAUCCCCGAAUCUCUCCCCCUUCUUCGAGAUCGGCUGCUCUACCACGAGGCGCUCGUUAGAUAUAUGCAUCCGGACCGAGGAAAUCUACAAGCGGAUGUUGAAGAGUCGGAGCUGGUCGCGGGCAAGGUGGAUGGUGCCAGCAUCGGGUUCACAGAACUCAGCCUGGGUGUGUUGAUGGAUGAGCAACUUCCAACGCAUUCGACCGCUGUUGUUGCGCUGGGUGGGAUUCUUUCGCUCAUUGAUGACAUUGCAAGCACUGUCCGUGAACUGUGUGGAGAGACUGGUGUUCGUGGUUUUGAAACCUUGGAGCAAAGGUUCCGGGCAAUGAGCAGGGAAGAGCGUAACGUCGGAGUUCGUAGCUGAAUGUCUGUAAGGUAUCGCACAUACUAGAUCAUCCCCGUAAUCAGACGCUUAUGUAAGGCGUCUCUCUCCCCCUGACC